CACAGUGCCCCUCCAUCUCUCUAUAUAAAAUGACCCCUGUUUCUGUAAUAUCCAUUCUGCUUGUCUCUUGUCUCUGCGGAUAGCACACCUUCAUACAGCCAUGUCAGAUGUAGAAGAGGAGUGCACGGAGCUGGCAGAGGAGGCUGAAGAGGAGCAGGAGGCCGAGCCUGAGCAGGAGGAGGAGACGGAGCAGGCAGAGGAGGAUGGAGAAGAGCAUCACGAGUGCCAAGAUCAAGAUGCCCAGGAGGAAGAGGAGGAGCGCCCCAAACCCAAACCUCUGGUGCCUCAACUGGCCCCUCCAAAAAUUCCGGAGGGGGACAGAGUCGAUUUUGAUGACAUCCACAGAAAGCGUAUGGAAAAGGACUUACUGGAGCUGCAUACUCUGAUUGAUGUCCACUUCGAGCAGAGGAAGAAGGAUGAGGAAGAACUUAUUGGCCUCAAGGAACGAAUUGAGCGUCGUCGGUCAGAGAGAGCUGAGAUCCAGAGGGUUAGAGCAGAGAAGGAGAAGGACAGACAGAACAGGAUUGCGGAGGAGCGUCACCGGAAAGAGGAAGAGGAAGCCAAAAAGAAGGCUGAUGACGACGCUAAGAAAAAGAAAGUGCUCUCUGGCAUGGGAGCAAACUUUGGAGGCUUCCUGGCCAAGGCUGAGUCGAGGAGGGGCAAGCGUCUAACAGGCAAAGAGAUCAAGAAGAAGACCCUGGCUGAGAGACGGCAGCCGCUAGGCAUCGACAACUUGAGGGAGGAUGCACUCAAGCAACGAGCCCAGGAGAUGUGGAACUGGAUCUACCAGCUGGAGUCUGAGAAGUUUGACUACAUAGAGUACAUGAAGCACCAGAAAUAUGAGAUCAUCGUGCUGCUGAACAGAAUCCAACAUGCUCAGAAAUUUAAAAAGGUUCAUGGCAAAGGGAAGGUUGGUGGUCGCUGGAAGUAAACAGGAAAAAAAACAAAAAA